AUGGAGCAAUACUGGAUGUUCUGUCCGGGCCCAAGCAAGGACUGCAAGAGCCUGGCUUAUGUCGGUAGGCUUCAUGACUGCAUCUGGCCGCGACUGGCUCAAGAUGCUGGUGACUUCUUUAAGAGAGCCGAGGCCGCCUCGGCGAAGGGGACCAUGUUUUUCUCCCAAAAGGAUACGAAGGCGCUGUUCACCGGAGAAAACAUCAUCGAUCUCUUGAGCUGCCGCUGCAGGGAUUGCGGCGAAUACAAGAGUGACGCAUCGGCUGCCUUCAACUUAUUGGAUUACGAAAAGCGCAUCGCCAACCCAGACGAGAAGGGAUGGCUGCUGGUGGCAGCACUUGUUUAUCUGGGCAAGCUGAACCUGGUAUACAGGUGGAUACAGUAUCCAAACAUAGUCGGGGAUUUCGGCAAUUUGAGGAGCGCCUCAAGUCUAGUAGAGGAUCCCUUCGGCACACCGCUUCAGAACGCACUCUUUUGGAAGGCCUACGGACGGACAAUGGACAUGUUCUUUCCAAUGGAAAUCAAGCCCGGUAUCAACGGCAGACCUGAGCAGAACCGCCUCGCCGAGAGUCGACGCUUCCCAUAUCUGGAUGAGCCAGGGAACAUUCCCUCAGGCAGCUCUGGUAGCUUGAUAACACGCUUCCUCGUGCCUGAGGAAUACCUGCAUGAAAGUUUUAGAGAACUGAUGGAAACCAACUAUGCCAAGUCCGUGGAGGACGAUGAGCGUGGCAGAAAGUACCGCCUUGUCCGGAAAGUCCUCGUGCGCAAGAGUCUCAAACAUAUGGAGCACAUCACACUCCGCAUGAUUGCUUCACGUCGGGACCAGAGAAAUCUCAUCACUCUGAUGGCUUUGUACGAGUGGCGCGAGCAGAUCCACUUCAUCUUUCCGUUUGUCGAAACACACCUUGAUAAGGUGCUUCUGGACCAAUGGGUGUUCCCCGGGCCCACGCAAGUCUGGAGGCCUGCAGAUCACGGCCUGUGGCGCCAGAUGACAGGAGUUUGCGAAGCGCUGAAGACCAUUCACUUCGAUCUCAGGAGUCCUUGGGGCUCGGAGCAAGUCAUAGCCUUUCAUUUCGAUUUGAAGCCGGCGAACCUGCUUGUCACGGCCGAUGGCAUAGUGAAGAUCACCGACUUCGGGCACUCGAUGAUACAAAUCAUGCUUCCUGAAGAGGAGAAGAAGGGGUACUACAGAGGCGGGGAUCCUGUCUACAGGGCGCCCGAGUCGAUUCCAGACAGCGAGCAAGUUCGGGAGGCUAGCGAAAUCCGAAACCACGCACCAACAAGCCAGGACUACACUGAAGAACUACCACGGAGCCAGGUCUUCCUGAACUACGACGUCUGGCAGCUCGCCUGUAUCAUGACUGAAGUGCUGAUAUGGAUAACGGGCAAGGACCACUAUCGGGAGAAAGAUCAACCAGAUGAGAAGGGACACGUCAUCAAGACUUUCCGGCAAGAGAAGAGGGACGAGGAUGGACAAGACGCAUUCUUCACCAUAAGGGCACAGCCCGACGGCGCUAGAACUCGAUCUUUGAAGAAGGUUGUAUGCGAGAAGCUUCGCUCGCUCCAGUCAGGCGACACGGAAGACGCCGAUGUGGAAGAGUACCUGGAAAAGACAGUCGAAAUCUUGCGCGGCAUGUUCAGAAUUGACCCUGUCAAACGUUAUCAUUCGCACAAAGUCUUGAAAAAGUUGGAAGAAGUCAAUGAGAAGUAUGUGAUGAGCAGGCAGAAGCCUGGUGAUUGGGUAUCUCAGAAACUUAGAGAUUACUCCCCAAGGGAUUUUCACGAGGUUGGUUGGCAGGAUGGAGGGGAGAUUCGCUCAUUCCUCGAAAUGCCGGAUGUGCGUGUUCGAAACGAGGUUCCUCACAAGAUUACGCGGGAGUGUGCCUGCAUGUUCCGAGUACUGUACAAGCCAGGGAAAUUACUCAUUUGUUACGGAGUCGAGGAAAAGGACAAACUGGACAUAAUGCUCUCUAACCCUCAACAGUUGAAACUUGAGAUGGAGAAGAGUCACAUCAUUCCGGACUAUCUCUAUCGUCAACCUGAAGGGAGAUACGUCUGCACGAUUUUUUCAGGCGACGAGACAGACGAAAUUUUGUCCUUCAGUUUUGCGUCUCGAGACGACGCUCACAAGUUCCAACACGCACUUACGCGGCGGAAGGUUGAGUGGGAGUCGGAGAUUGGUAACGUUGAGCGAGUGACCUUUUACAUCAAGCCCAAGAAACAGGACUUCGAGAUGACCCGAAAUGUCAAGUUACAGCUGUGGUCUUGCUGGAGGGAUGGAAUUUGUGACAUCGACUUCAACUCGACCAGACACCUCAGCCCACCUGACCGCCUCCAGUCUCUCAAGCAAAUGCUUGUCAUUUUCGAGGAUUCAGGCCCUUUUCUCAUCAUACCUUUCAACAACGGCCAAAAACAAUUCUUGGACCAUGUGCAGACAGUCGCUAUCAAAGCUUUCAGGAAUUUCAAAGAAUGCGAGCUAUACAGGCCUCCUGACAAGUUCCCUUGUAUAGAACAGGUAUCUGUGAACAACUACAUAAGGCAGUUGGGGUGUGUUGCCCCGGCGGUGCCGCUUGACCAAUUCAAAUUCGAGUCGCGGGCAUGGCGCCUUGCGGCGGACCUGAGGAGGCGGCCAUCGGCCAUCACAUUCUCAAGACAAGGCAAGGCUGGUACGAGCACCCACAUGACAAUGGGGUGA